AUGAAUCGUCCAUUCAAAUCACUGCAUCCUCUUUACCAAAAACCCAAGUUCAUCCCUCAAGAUAAACUCGACGCCGGAAAUAAAAUAGUGAAAAUGUUAGAAGAAGCAGAUAUGAAUAAGGAUGGUCGUUUAACAAGGGAUGAAAUCGAGAAAGCUCUAAAAAGUUUAGGUUCCUACUUCCCUGGAUGGAAAGCAAACCGUUGUCUCAAGAAACUUGAUGCCAACAAUGAUGGCCAAAUUAGUGGUGGUGAAAUUGACGAAUUGGUUGAUUAUCUUCUCAAUCAUGGUUAUGGAAAGAAAUGA